UCAACCGAUGAACCGAGGUUUGCAAAUAUGGCGCAGGUUUCUACAAAAUGCAGUUCACAUAAUAAGUUUUAGUUGUCAUUUUCAAGUUUGCAAGAAAAAAUUGAGAAAUGAAUUUUUAAUACCCUUGUCUGCUCUAAUAAUUAAUAGUGCUAUAAAGAACUGUUGAUGUGAAUUAUCGCUAUGGCACAACUUUUGACGAACUAAAUCACGUGACUCGUUCGGAAAAUAUUGAAAUAGUUACUAUCACUCACCAGUCGUUGCAAAAAUCAAUAUGGGUAAACAAAAUAGUAAACUGAAGCCGGAGGUCCUCGAAGAUCUGAAACAAAACACGGAAUUUUCAGACGCGGAAAUACAGGAAUGGUACAAGGGAUUUUUGAAGGACUGUCCCAGUGGUCACUUAUCUGUCGAGGAGUUUAAGAAAAUAUAUGGAAAUUUCUUUCCAUAUGGAGAUGCCAGUAAGUUUGCAGAACAUGUCUUUCGAACUUUUGAUGCGAACGGCGAUGGGACUAUAGAUUUUCGGGAAUUCUUAUGCGCCUUGAGUGUUACUUCACGAGGCAAGCUUGAACAAAAGUUGAAAUGGGCCUUCUCUAUGUACGACCUUGACGGAAAUGGUUAUAUAUCGCGACAGGAAAUGCUUGAAAUUGUUACGGCUAUCUACAAAAUGGUAGGUUCCGUAAUGAAGAUGCCCGAAGACGAGUCCACACCGGAAAAGCGGACAGACAAAAUAUUCCGACAAAUGGAUAGAAAUAAGGACGGCAAACUAUCGUUGGAGGAGUUUAUCGAGGGUGCUAAAAGCGAUCCUUCUAUUGUUCGACUUCUCCAAUGCGACCCACAGUCGCAGUGAUACCUCAAAUAUUAAAGGCGCCGGCGUUGUCUCGAUCUUACGCUAGGCAAAUGUAUUGUAAAUUUUACCUGCUUCUAAGAGCUAGUGCGCGGCGAACAUAUAAAAUCUCUUACAAUCAUUGUCCUGCUGCUUGGCUGUCGACUUCGUUUUGUGUUCGUGGCUGAUGCCGUAUCCAUAUCUUAGUUUAGGUGGCGGUGCAACCCUAGGGCCCGUAUUCCAAUAUUUUCUUGUAACUUGACGGAAAAUAUGAUGUACGGUAAAAUCGUUGAAGAUGCAUAAUUAGCGCUUAGACUUUGAUCCAUAGAUCGUUAACUUAAUACCGGCUUAAUAAGAAACUACGAGUCGUAUAUCGCCUAUAGGAACCGGGCGUAUGUAUUGUUGUGAAAUCAUAAUGGUAUCCUAAACGAGGCGUAUUCUACGAUAUAUAGGCGAAUACACUCGUAUGUUCGCGUAACGUAUACGUCCCAUUUUCAUACUUCAUAGAUAUAGCUAUGAAAUGCUCGAAACGGUUUUAUGUAUAUUUUGGAUGAAACCGGCGGGCCUAAGAGUUCACAGCCGGAUUCGGAGAUGAUGCAAGAGUAUUUCAGGUUAAAUGGAUAGUUGUUAUGUACCUGAGAUUAGAUUUAAUACCAAUAUAAAAAUCUAGUUCCUAGGUGCAAUAUCAGCUGAUCGCCGAUUUUGAUUUUUAUCGCGUUUUCGCGUUGGCGACUUUGGGAUCAAAUUUGCUAGUUUCAGGGUUGGGUUUGAGCUCUUGUAUUGUCUCUGAAUCAUAUAUCAUUAUUAUUAUCAUUAAGUAUAAGUAUACAACCAGACAUCAGGACAAAGUCACUGUUAAGUGUUUUUUCCCCAAUUACGUAGUUAGUGAUGCUAUUGUGUCCACGAUUUCGAGGUCUAAAACUGAAUUUUUUCUCGCAAAUAAUAUCUCACAUAUCGGUAUUUUAAUAUCGACGACAUUGAUACAUAUGUCUUAUCGAGUGCUUACGCAAUAUAAUUGAAUUAGAAUGUAAGUUCUUUACGGAUCUGUUUAAAUUAAGAACGUGUGCUUUUUUUUACCUCAUUGUAUAUAUUAUUAUUUAUUUCAUAUUAUUUGACUAAGACAAUAAAAAUUAUACACACAUACUCCGCUUAUCAAAAUUGAAUACUGUAUGGGAAAUAUACGAAAUAGCUAUUCGAAUGCGUUUAAGAUCUUGAUAUAAGAGUGAUUGUUAUUGAUUUGAACAAUAACGACUUAUACUUAAUACAAAAUAGUUGCGGUCACUGAAAAUUAAAUAUAGCGUCCAUCUCGGGUUUACUUGCGUAAAUACCAAUAAUUUCACUAUUCAUUUGAAUUUUAGGGUCUUUAUUCUCGCUCUAGUAAAACGUAGUGCACUUGAAGAUGGCGCUUCAAAAAUUCGGACAAAAUUACAUAUUUGAUAACUUGAUUUUUUUUUUCAAUCAUGCGUCAUCUGAGAAUUAUUCGUUUUGAACAUUGGUAUUGGUGUUAGGUUUGCGUAGUUUUUUUUAAGUGAGUCGGCGAUCGAACUGCGUUUGUGGUCUUAGAGGUCUUUUCCGUUUUUGACAAAGACAAUACUUUAAAUACAAAACAAAUCGAAUACUUUAAUGCUUUCUGUGAAACUAAUUUGGUCUCAAAAACUAGUUCAUAACGCAACCCAUAACUUCCAAUAAAGAACAUUAGCAAUUCCCUUGGUCUUAUGCCCUAAAAAUCCUUGAGGGCUUUUUAAAAAUAUGAGCGGGCAACCAUUGAAUAAAUCAUAAAUACAUGGAAUAAAAUAAGUUUGUACAAACACUAAUUUUUAGUUCCAACAAAAGGAUAAAUACACAGUACAGUACAAAUGAUUAGUUAAUAAACUACGUCAAGACGGAGGGCCUUCCUAGACAUGACCACGUAGAUAGAAUAUAAUUAUUGGUUUUUGUCGCUAUAAUAAAAUUUUAAAGAUUUUCAUAUGAUUAGCUUUUCAUUUUCAAUAACACGCUUAACAUUCGUAAGAAUAUGAACGGAAAAAGGCAGCUUGCUUGAUCAUUUCAAUGUUACUUUUAAUAGUUUGUGGAAUUUAUUCAUGAAGUUUGGUGUGUCCACCAAUUUGGAUUGCAUUGCAUUCGUUUCUGGUGUUUAAUCUUAGUAGACUUAAUUUUAGUUAGUUACUUUGUAAAACAACGUUAUCAUUUGUAAGUGCAAAUUUUACAUUAUUUUUACCAAAAUAAGGUGGCAUUUAUUUUCAACUGAAAUUCUGUUUAGCUUGGACUAAUAAAAUAGGGUCAGCCGAAUUGUUUAGUGUGCAAAUCUUAACCCUGGGUCACUGAUACAUAUAUUUUUUUAUUUGCGCACAAGGUAAAUAUCGUGACGAUUGGACCUAUGUCGACAUGGUCACAGAAGGCUGUAUAAUCCAAAAACACGUUAUCUGAGGCGUAGCCAAAGUUAUAGCGCCACUGCAUUAUGUAGAAAAGCAUUUAUUGAGCAAAUAUUAGCAAUUAAUGAGUUAUCUAUCCGUAAAUACAGUGACAACAUUGUUUUACAAAUUUGGUGUUAGUUUAUGAAACGGAAUUUCAAUAGUAAUUUUUAAAAUUUAUGUAAUGACAAUAAUCUCUAUAUAGUUGUACUUAGAAUUAUUUUAACAACUGACUUAAAAUGAAAGACAUUAUGUAUCAUUUAGAUGUUAUAUUAAUUGUAUAGUACGCGAUCUGUUAUUUUAACGGAAUAUUCUAAAAGGGACACAAAAUUUUGUGUAAUCUGGACUAAGUGCUCUAAAUAUAAGAUAGCAAACUUAAACGAAAAUUUAAUUAGAUUUUGCAUACUAAUGACACGAAUAAAAUAUAUGUGAGAAAAGUCACUUGUCUAAGCGACAGCAUGUUACUAUAAUUUAGCGGUUACUGGUCUGCGAAUUGUUGUCUUAGGUUGGUGAUAGCAAAAAGUGGCGAGUUUGACUGUGAUUGGUGCAACGCAGUCAGACACGCAACAUGAUACGGCUGUACGAACACAAACGUACGGCUUGGUCUAUCAUGUUGUGUGUGCAAGGACACACACACACAUACACGGAAGUAUUUUCUAUUCUUGCUAGGUGUGUUAAGUUCCACUCGGAAUCACCUUAACAGCAGACAGUGAACUAAUCUUGGUUUAUAACUAUCUCCUAUUCGUCAAUGUUCCUAGAGCAACGUAAAGGAGACUUUUUUCUCUUAUUCGUUUAUAUUCUGAGUUGAAAUUUUUGAUACAAUUGACUACUAAAGGAUGAUCUGUGGAAAUGAUUCAGAAAUGUGACUGUCUCACGUGGAUUCAAAUAACUAUUUUGAGCGAAUAAAUUGUAGGGCACACAAAACAGCCACUCGAGACAGCGAAAAAUGAUUAAAGUUGAGAACAAAUUAGUCAUAUUGUAAUUUAAAAACACAAUUUAACAGACAGAGUCACAUGAGUAUUUUAGAAUAUCGUUAACUUUUUAUAAAUAGGGUUAGGAUUACAUUACCCAAGAAUAUUUCAUAAUUCGGUACUUAAUUUAUUAUUUAUAUCAAAUUAUAUACAAUCGUCUUAAAAUAUAAUAUAAUUUUAUUACAAGUAUAAUUUAUAUAUAUAUAUAUACACAUACAGUGUAAACUGUAUUACACGGCAAAAUCCCGAUUUUAGGGAGAUAGACUUACAAUCAAGUGACGGAAAAAGAUAUUUAAAGUGUAUGCUUUUAAAAAUAAUUAUUCAUUUAGUUAAAGAUUAAUUAGCACGGCUUUUGCGGUGAUGUGUUAUUUUAAGCUAAUUGUAUAAUUAAUUUAGCAAGAAUAAUUCUUGGUUAAUAUAUUAUCAGUACUACUAUAUACGCACGUUAACGAUGGUCGACUCAAAUGAAUUUUAGUAGUAUGUUCAUCUAUUUCCCCUUAAAAGUAAUUUAGUCAAAUUGUACCGUUUUAACUAAUGAACUGACGCCUCUAUUGACGGCUUAAGCACAAACAAAAAGAUGAGUACUGUAGCUGAAACAGUGCUCAGUUUUUGUGAAAAAAAAGGUCUAGUUUAAAUUAUGUAUACAAUACCCCAUUUAUUACGAAUACAUCACAAUAAAUAUAUUACUGUAAUUUAAUUAAUAAUUUUUAUAUUUUAUUUAUUGAUCGGAUGACACUGAUUGAUCAAAUAAUGAUUAGUAUUUUAAUUUUCCAAUCGCUUUCAUCUAAUUAAUAAGCAUAACGAAAAUGCACAAUUUGUUUUUCAUCGCACAAUUAACAUGUUAUUAUGAGUUAUAUUAAAUGUAAUUUAACGAUGCUGACUUUUGAAUUUUUAUGUUAAUAUAGACAUUAAUGUGCUAGAUAAUUCAAAUUUUUGUCAUACAAUUGGUGCAUAUAGUCUUAGAUAUAUACAUGUAACAAUAGACUGUUUAAAAUGUUCAAUAGAAUCAAUAUGUUAAUCAAAUGCCUUUCAUACACAAGCGAUGAAAAAUGAUGGACUCCUCAGUUGUAUUGCUUAGGAAACCCGUCAAAUGUCGCCUGUUUUAUACUGCACUGUUUUAUCAAAUUUUAGAGCAAAUCUCGAUAAAUAUAAGCACACAGGAAGACAGCUUCAAAUAAGUUAAAGUAUCAGGUUAAAUUUAAUUAGACGAUGGUUCACUGCCACUGUAAACGUUAGUAAGUUAAUGAAUUUAUAAUGUAAUUGUUGUUAAUUUAUUCAAGAAACUGUAGAUCAGUAUUUUAUGUUAAACAAAAGACAAAUAUUGUGUAUUCACAUAAUUCUGGUACUAUCUGAAUCUCGUAACUAAAUAAAUUUAACUUUUUGCUGCCAAGGAAUCAGUGGCGGAUUUACAAAUUCUCAAGGUAUAGAUGUGAAGUUUUUUCCGCUUAUGCCUCUAUGCUAUCCAACAAUUUCAUUGCACGUUAAAUAAUUUUUUUUAAGUACAAAAUUAUAAUUCGCAAUCUCACACCAGUAGUAGGACUGAAAGAGAAAUACACUUUCUGCUAUUUAGCUCUGUGUGAGAGACUCUUUGAGUGCGCAGAAGUUGAUUACUGGUUAGGUGUCGGGCAAAGUUUAUUGCAGACUUCUAUCUGUAAAACAAUAGAAAACCGUCAUGCAGAAAUCUUUUUGAUUUUUAGUAGGUAGCAAAAUGGCGGUUUUAAAAUUUGCCGCCCUAAAAAUCUGCCGCCCUAGGCUCCUGCCUACUCAGUCUGCUGGUGAAUCCGCCACUGCAUGGAAUGUGGCUAGAAAACUUAAACAAUUUUGUGAUCUUCGCUUUGGGUGUCUCAAUACUUUUUUCUCUAAAUAAGUAAAUGGUGUCACAGUUCAUUGAUGUUAUUAUUAUAAAAGAGAUGCAUAUUUUAAUAGGUAAUUUAAAUCGUAUCAAUCGUUAGAUGUUCGUGAUAAAUUUUAUGAAAUUCUGGAUGUUUAAAGUAAUUUUCUGAUGUUCAAACACUUCACAUAUUUGAAAAAGACACUCUUAAAUCUUAAAUCACUUAAAAUUGUUAGAUGUGAACUUUAUCCUAGUAAUUAAAUAGAUUUCCUUCAAUUUCUCUACUAUACCUACUUGAGACCUUACGGCAUAUUUGUAGAAAUUUAAUUCUAAAAAACAUCUCAAGUUAAUGAUAUCGUGACUAUCAAUGUUUACAUAAUCAUACUUAAAUUAUUUAAAAUCACUUAAUUUGAGCAAAGGGAUUUCUGACAUGUCUCCAAAUGAUUCUGAAUAUACCAAUUUCUUGUUUGAAGUAUGUUGAAUAACGUAUGGAGUAUACCACUGAAACAUAUAAUUUAUCACUCACGAGUACCCAAGUUUUAUUAAAUAUAAAUCCAGGAACAUAAAUAUAGACACAUUCGAAUUAAUAAAUAAAUCUUAAUAAUUUUAUAAACGAUUAUGUUGUCGAUUAAUUUUAUUGUCUUCCAGUAUAAUAAGACGUAGACAAUUAACACGAAGUAUUAUUGGCCUUAUGAAAAUAGCAAAUUGAGAUUAAUUAUUUAACCUUCGUUAGUUUUAGCUACGUAGGUUAGGCUAAAACCGUGUGUAUUCAGUUACGUAUUGUAUUUAAUAUAGGAUGCUUAAUGACCAGUUUCUAUUUUAGACUGGGUUGAUUGAAUUACUGGACCAGACAUGUUGGAAGACGUCUAACACAUAUUGUAGGUAUUUGGGUUGUACUCUGCUGCGCUAUUUGUUAUAUGGCUAGUUAUAUCUUACACCUAGAUAGAUUGUUUUACUCUCCCACGUUAUAUCCGCUAAAACUUGUAUAUAGGAUAGGCUAUUCGACCUGUGUAUUAACCCUAGUAGGUUAUCAAGCCCCUUUUACAAAUCUAUCGAAAUCUAGUCUUAAGAAUCAUUGAGAAGCGGUAAUCAAGCUAACCGCUAAAUUUUAUUUCUGAAGGUACCUUAAACUCAGGGUGCUUGAUGAUGUGCAGUACAAUUGUUGUAAUUUGAAGAGUUUAAAAAUACCAGUCGCUUUGAAUUUAAUGUUUCAGAGUGAUAAGCUUUUGAUUUACCAAUUGUUGAAUUACAUUUACUUAAAGGUAAAUAUGUUUUACGAAGCAUACCGUGCUAAGCUUAUUCUAAAAUAUAUAACAUGUUUGUGUUUGAAACAUAUCAGUUGCUUUGAUAAUAAUUAAACUAAUGCACCGAUACUUGCUAUAGCACCCUGUUUUGGAUGUAUACCUUGUUUUGUGUCGAGUUUGUACAAAAAUAAUACAUAUUUCGGCUCAAAAUGCUCCUGUAAUAAACUAAUAGCUCUUAAUAUAUUCUCAAUAUUUCAGGGUUAUUGUUCCGGUAGUAUUUAUCAUUUCGAAAUAUACCUGUUCUGAUACCGUUUAGAUGUAAAGUUAUUGUAUCUAUUUAUUAAAUCUUUCUUCUCUCUAAA